AACUGUGUCUCUCACGCCAUUAUUUCUAGCCUGUACGUAACAACUACAUUUUUCAGUGGCAUAAGGCAUAGCGAAUUUUUGUGUUGUAUUUCCGCAAUAUUGCUCCACAGACUGGCACAACCGGUUCAACCACUAGGCAAUGUAGGCGGUCGCCUAGGGCGAAAAAUUUAAGGGGCAGUAAACACUGAUUUAAUAAAAAAAGGAUGAGAAAUUACAUAAAAUAGAAUAAUAAUAAUCGUCGAAACUCAGAAAGAGAAAGUAGGAAGGAAUAAAUAUGUUUUCGCGACUUUGUUACAUGCCAGCUUUGUAACGCUGUGAUUUUAAGUUCUCACAUAGUGGCAAGUAUGAAGAUGGUUAUCUUCUGUGAUAUUAUAUCGUGUAAUCUGGUGCAAACUGACCGCCGUUUCAGUGGUGCUUACUGCCCCAUCAUUAGAAUGAUGCCUUUAUAACGCCGCAAGUAAAUACCACUGAAACGUUAGUCAGUUUACACCAGUGUUUACCGAUCUACAUGUUGGUAUUAACUGUGGUUUAUGUGAUCAAAGAAUGUGUUCAGUGGUUGAAAUUUUGUUUGAAAUGAAGAAAAUAUGUGAACAUCCACAUUUACUGCCAAGUUCAAUAAUGAGUAUGAGCAAUACUUCUUCACAGUAUACUGGAAGGAACUGGGAAUAUGAAAACCCAAUGAAUUGUAUGUGUGAUUUCUAGUAUUAGAAAAAGAAAAACAUGGAGAGGUUAUUAAAGGAACAGACAUCAAAUGCUAUGAUGAGCAACAACAGAUCACAGUCUACUCGAAAGCAGGUUCUCCAGAAGAUGGAGCUGUUGGAUUUACUCCCGAUCUUCGCAUUGGUUUCGAUCCUGCUGCUGCCGUUCGUCUAUGACUCACACGGGACCUUCCGUUACCACAGCCGCUUCGCCUUCUAUAUUGUGUCCGUGUCCUUCACAGCAAUGAUAUGCUCCCCGUUCUACUGCCUUAACCCCUUCAAUGUGAAGAACUCUCUAUAUACGUCGUACAUUCUGAGGCACGUAACCAAAGUCCUGGGUAUAAAAUGGGAUCUCCGAGGUGGAGAACAUUUGGCGGAGGAUCGAGGUUGUGUCAUCGUGGCCAAUCACCAGUCGAUGCUGGACAUUCUCGGCAUGUUUAACAUCUGGCACGUGAUGGACAAGUGCGCACCGGUGGCAAAGAAGGAAGUGUUCUACGUGUUACCUUUCGGGGUCGGUGCUUGGCUAGCUGGCGUCGUCUUCAUCGACCGGCUCAACUCCAGCAAGGCCCAUGAUCAGCUCAACCACGCAGCUAAACUAAUGAAGUCCGACAAGGUAAAACUGUGGAUGUUCCCCGAGGGCACAAGGAAUUCUUCACAUUCAUCUCUCUUGCCUUUCAAAAAAGGAGCAUUUCGAGUUGCCAUCACCUGCCAAGUGCCAAUUCUUCCAGUGGUCUACUCCCCCUACUACUUCAUCAAUAAUAAAAAGAAAUUCUUUGGCCAAGGCAGAAUGAUCAUACAGGCUCUACCAGAAAUCCCUACGAAAGGCCUAACAAUGGAUGACCUUGACUUACUGAUGAAGAAAACAAGAGACGUGAUGUCUGAAACAUUCCAAUCGCUAGCCACAGAAGUGGCACUACAGGUACCACCUAACUGUCAAUGAACAGUGACACAAAACCAGAGUGUGUGGAUUGUACAGUGCAAUAAAAAAUCAAAAUCACAGUUAAAUGUGGGUCAGUAUGGACCCCAAAAACAAUUGUGUAAAUUCCGUUAAGUUUGUCGAUAUUUAGUUGUUUUUCCUGUUUUAGGUUCUGAAAAAACAUAAAAUGGUUUAAGUUAUUUGUAGAUGACAUUUAUGGAGAAGUAUAAUGGAUUCUUAUGCUAAUUGACUUAGGAUUAAUGUUCUACACUUGAAAAAGUUUUGAUCCUCACGUAUCAAUGAAAUUGUAGAACCUUGUUUAUCUUACAGAAUACUCUGUUCCCUAUGUUUCUGUACAUGAUAAUACUCAAAGAAUAUAAUGGGCAUUAUGUUAAAUCUUUGUCAUGUUCAUGUCGGACAUGAGAUAGAACUAUCAAAAAGUAUAGACGUAAUAGUUGACGUAUUAGAACUUCAUUUGUUGGACAAGUUAAAUAGUAUAUACUCAGUAAUUUGAAAAUGAUAGGAAUACGGAGUGAAAAUUCAUGAGUUACGAGUGAAAUACUGACAAUACAUUAAAAUAUCUAUGUACAGAAAUGAAAUAUAUAUCCAACAAUCUACCAGGCCAUUCAACAGAUAAUGGCCAACUUAUUCUGAAAACAGUAGGAAAUCUUGUUUUUUAUUAUGUAUUCUUUUAGAAUAAGAGGGGAAAUUAUAAUUUUAUUGUACUUAUAAUGGAGAAUUUAUUUUCAGAGCAUUUGAUACCAAGAGUUAAAUUGUUGUCUUACAUGUAUCUGAUUAUAUAUCAUCAUAGGAAAAUUUCAACUCCAUUUUCAAAAAAUAGAACCUAAAUUACAUCUUUAUAAAUUGUAACCAUAAAUAGGAGACUUGUCUUAAUGACUGACACUAAAUUAAAACUAACUUUAACACUUCUUUUGUUUCCAUUUCUAAUCCUUUCAUAAGGCACCAAGAGCCAAAAUGUUUUUACAUACAAAGUAGGCAAAAAUUUAAAUCCAUUUUAAAAAAUAAAACCUCAUUAAACUCUUCAUAAAGUGCGAUCUUGAACAGAAUUCUUGUGUUAACGAAUGAUAUUGACUUCAUUAUGUCAUUUUUAGAUUCCACUUUUAAUCUUUUCAGAACAGUUUGAUAACUCUCAACAUUUCAUUCUUGCUAUUAGUAAUCAUUGUAUGUACUGAAUAGAAUAUUUUACUGUUUAAAUUUUAUCAUUAGUACUAUUUUUAUUAUUCUUCAAUAUUACCCAUAAUUCAUAAUGGCUCAUAACAUUGAAGAUAAUAACCUAAUAAAUGAACAUGACAAACCAUCCAGUUGAACAUAUCACAGACUAGAACUAGUCAUUAGAGAUUCUUAUAUCAGGGCUUUAACGCUCCACAUUAUGAGAGGUUUACAGUAUGCUGGAAUUUUGCCAUUAAAUUUUGACGUCUUCACAUAUGAAGUUUUCGCAGGAGCAUAUGCUGUGUCUUUAUCAGUUUCUGUUGAACAACCUAGGACCUCAAAUGGUCAGAGGCAUCCACUCUUGUUCAAGUUCCUGUUAAUAUAUAUAUAUAUAUGCACAUGUGUGUAUGUUUACUGCUAAAUUAGAUAAUAGAUACUAGUAAAACUAGUGGCGUAGUAGUAAACAUUGUGCAAAUGCAAAUCAAUUAAGAGAAACAGAAGAUUUUCCUCAAAACAUAAAUGUUUAAUAUACUCAUUUAAACCACCUCAGUAAAAUAGCACCCAAGUGCUAGACUUAUAUCCGUAUUCGGUCCAUGGCCUCCUCAAUUCUCCUCUUCCAUUCGGUCCUCUGUUAGGUCGGUCUGUCCGAGCCUUUGAUUGAGGUUUCGAAACUACACGCUGAAAAUUUAACAGUGUCUCAUUGACUCCAUUCCACAUUGUGUGCCUUCAAACGUCGGGAGCCACGAAUGUUGUUACAAACCAGUCUGUAACCCCUGGACUCCAUUUUCUUCAACAAGAUUAUUGCACUCUCCAAAUUCAAUUUCAGAGUCAAUACCUUGCUUUAACCAGCACUUAAAUGGUCACAUGGCCAGAAUUGUAAAUCGUGCUGGAGCUAAUCAUGUUUAGUCAAAGCAGUCUGUGUCCAUUUCUUUGUUCUGAACUGUAUAAAUUAGUUUCCAGUUUUCCCCACAAACAGAUGCAAGAAACUUCUGUUUAGUAUUUUUACCCAUAGUAAUUGAGAAAAAGAUGUUUGAUGUAUGUUGUUUUUUUUUCAGAGAUGUAUUUUCUUACAUCACAGAAAUCUCAUUCUGACAAAAAACAGAUUCGUUCUCCUUCCGCCUCACCACAGAUCUGUUUCCUUUAGGUGUCAUAUGUAAAGUGGAAUUGUACAUAUUUUAUAUUAAGUUCAUUACACAAAUGGAUUCUUUAAUACUUUUUCAUUUCAGACCAGAGAAUAUACUUCCGUGAAACAUUUUUAUGUGAAGAUCGCUGUCUUCUGGGUUUUUGCACUGUGUAGUCUGGUAGAAAUUUACUGACAUUUCAGAGGUCCUUGCGAUUAGUCAUCACCCUGAUGAUGGAGUCAGCAAGGAUCUCUGAAACAUCGGUAAAUUUCUACCAGACUACGGAAUGCAACAACCCAGAAGACAGCCAUCUUCAGACUCACUGCCAUGAAAACCUCAAAUCCUUCACAUUUUUAUGUGGAUUUUUAUACAUCUCUGGAUUAUUUGUCCUCGUGAGCCCUUUGAUACACAGAAAUUUUCUCUUAGGCAGAGGAAAUUCUGUUUGAAUGUUUGUAUUUUGCAAAAUGUUUGAACGUCCCUAACAUUUUACGAUAAUUGAUCGAACGCUGAAACUAGAACUGUGGCGUAGAAUGAUUUAAUAAUCCGUGUUCAUCUUGACUCCCUAAUUUAGUAUCUGAAUGUUUGCGGCAAUGCGUCUUUGGUGGCAUUUGUGUAUGUAUGGAUAAAAAAGUUAUUAAUUCUAAAACUGGGUCCUUUGAGUCGCAACUCAUCACAGUAUAUAAAAAUAAUUAAUCUAUCAGUAACCAUUGUGUCAUUUUGAUUUUCUAGUGUUAUGUUUUAACUCAUUACUACAGAUGUUUUUAUAGGGCGUAACUUGUGUUUCAAAGUGUGAAUUGUUCUGUGUGUGAAAAUAAACAGGAAAUUAAAAUAGA